AUGGUGGAGGAGCCGACGACGACGCGUUCGGGACGCGUAAUAACACCCUCAACAAGGGUCCGAGAGGCCUCGGGCAGCGACAUUAUCAGCGCGGUCAGAACGUCCAAGAAAUCAAUGACCCAAGUGGAAUUAACAGCGGUAAAGAAAGCUGCUGGCCUUAUUGAGGAGAAACAGAGUGGCAAAGAUGGAAGCAGGGAUAUGCUUAAAAAGAUAGGCCAAUACCUGGAAAGCACCUAUCAAGAGGUCAAAGGACUGAAAGAAAUCAUUAUUGAACAAGGAAAAAUGAUUAAGGGGCAGUCCGAAAUGAUUCGAGCACAGAGCAGUACAAUUCAAGCACUGCAGACCCAAGUAGAAGCAAUUGAAAGCCAAUCUAUAGAAGAAUGCAAGCAACUCUGGGAGCAGCUGAACACUAUCGCAAGUACUCCAGCUAAGGCAACAUACGCAACGGUAGUUGACAGACAUUCCGGUCAUCAACAGGAUACAGAGUUUGCGCCCCUAGCCCGACCUACAUUAGCCAACACGCUAUUCUGCACAAUCGACACGUCUCGGGUCGGGGAAGAAGACAAAGCGAGAACCUAG